AUGCAUGACGACCUCAUCCCAGCUUCACUCCAACACAAUGCAAAACAUGCUGAUGACCUCUGGGACAACCUCGCGAAUGAAUCCUCAGACUCGGACCAAGACUCCAACGCAGAGGAGCAGGACCAAGUCAACGCACAUCAGUCGGGAAAAGACAUGGUAAACAGUACACUCGCGCUUAUCGAGGCGCAGUACCCCCCCUGGGAAGCUCAACUGCCAUUGCAGCACAAGCCUUUGGAGCGGACCUUGAAGGAACAUGGCACAUUGCAGCAAAACUAG